CUGUUGCUCAAAAUAUCACUUCUCUAAAAGUCAGAGGAGAGUGAGCAGUGAAAGUAAAGACUUUGUCUUCCAACCAUGAGGUCCAGAACAAACAGGAGAGGCUACAGGGAGAAUGUAGUGGAUAAUCAGCACCUGAAGCUGAACGAUUUGAAAGAGGAAGCUCGACACUUGGAAAACCAAUACCUCGUCAGAGAAAACAUCCCGCCAUACCCUCACCCGGAGUUUCAUGUGAGUCAUGUGAGACACGACACAGACGAAGCUGGAUUGUGGGGCAUCAGGGGGGAUCGCGGCUUCAAGAACCCGGGCCGAGGCAAUCUGCUGUGGUGGAGUUCGGUUGUGGGACCUGAUGAGAUUAGGUCAGCUGAGAGGAGGCUCCUGGAGACCACCUACCCAGACCGGACGGAGGAGCAGGCCCAGAGGCAGCAGAGCUUCCUGGAGGAGUUUGCCACCUCUCCGGCCCUCAAGAAGACCUCCAGGCUGGGCUCGUACCGCUUCACAUUCCCCCUGAAGGAGCUGCUGACGGCCUACAGCCAGCAGUUUUGCCAAGGCGCUCCGCCCGUCUUGCGGGUGUUAGAGACCGUCCUGUACAAACAGGAAGUGAUGUACGUUGUGGUGGUCCACAGUCCAGCCAAUCAGGAGGAGUUCUCAGACUCUCCUUUGCUGACUGACGACGACCCAAACGCUGUCUGCACUUACAAGGAUGGCUGCUUCAUCUGGAGGGCUGAGGCCAUGUGUGGGACACACAGCUGUGAGUUGGUCCAGAUACCUGAAAUAAAGCAGAUGGAAGCAGAGCCUGUGUGGUUUAACCCUCAGUAUUAUGUGUGGGAUCAUGUCGCUGUCGCCCUGCAUGUGGAUGAUGAGGAGCUGAACUUUGAUCCCAUCCGACUGAGAGAGAGCCUCAAGUUCUGCCGUGCAGAAAAGCCUGGACUGAUGCAUGGUGUCACAUUUGAGGAUUUCCCUCAAGCUGAAGAAAAUGUUAAAGGAUUGUGGCCUGACGAUCUCACACCACUGGAGGAAGAUGAAUAGAUAAAUGAAUUAAGUGUGAUGUAAAACAGAAAAAUCUGAGUUUGUGAAGGGAUGAGGAUAAUAGUUCUGUCAGCCGCAUUGCACCCGAGCAAGGCCAAAGAGUAUAAACCAGGGGUCAGCAACCUUUACUAUCAAAAGAGACAUUUUAGGCCCAAAAAAAAAAACGGUCUGGAGCCGCAAAAUAUUUGAUCAUUGUGA